AUGAAAGGAAAAUCUCCUGACGAAGUUAACCAUAAAACUUUACGUUAUUUCUGGCAUAUAACGGACUUUCAUUAUGAUCCAUUGUAUACAUCACAAGGUGAUACAAGAAAACAUUGCCGUCGAACCGAUGAACGGGGCAGUUCAGGCCACCAUCGGGCACUCGGACGAUUCGGUGACUACUCAUGCGAUAGCUCAUUAGAUCUCAUACAAUCAGCACUGCGGUAUAUGCGUACCAGGCAUUCGGAAAAUGUUGAAUUCGUGCUAUGGACUGGAGAUAUCAUAGCCGCCGGAUACCAUACGAAUGAGGAUGACAGGUACCAGGCGAUAAGAAACAUGACGGAGUUACUACGAAUGACAUUUAGCUCGCAUUUCGUUUUCCCCGUAUUGGGGCAUACGGAUCCAGCCCCUUCAGAGAGGUUAACGAAUUUAUGGAGCCAUUGGUUGCCCAUGGAAGCUUUGCAAACCCUGAAAAAUGGUGGAUACUACACAAUAGAGCAAACACAGAGCAAACUUCGAAUUGUAGCUCUAAAUACAAACCUAUUUACAUUACGAGAAGAAAACACGCUACCUGCCCGUCGACAGUGGGAGUGGCUGGAAAAAGUCCUCGAUAAAGCUACUACAAAUAAAGAGAUGGUAUACAUAGUGGGCCACGCUGCACCUGGUUCGGAUUCCCGGUACAAUACGUUGUCCGUGGACGCGAACGGGAAGUAUCUACGAUUGGUUCGCCGCUACGCGCGUAUCAUUGCCGGUCAAUUCUUUGGCCAUUUGCAUGCUGAUACCUUCCGUGUUAUAUACGAUAAAGAAAAUCCCGUAUCCUGGGCUUUAUUAGCACCCUCCGUUAGCCCACACCGAGAGCGAGGAGGUUCCUCUAACCCUGGCCUCAGGCUGUAUAAGUUUGAUACCGACACAGGAAAGGUCUUGGACUAUACACAAAUCUACUUGGAUCUAGAGACGGCCAAUCGUGCAGAUUCAGGAGCGGAGUGGAUAGCGGAAUAUAAUCUCACACAGUAUUACGGCCUUCGCGAUGUAUCUGCCGAGUCUCUCCAUAAUUUAGCUGAAAAACUGCGAAUUGCUUCUCCACAUGAAACGUCGUACUUUAAUAAGUACAUACGAGCAUACAGCGUUAAAUAUGACAGCGCACACAACUGCGAUGGUGCGUGUGCGCAUCAACACUUCUGCGCAAUCACGUGUCUUGAGCAUGUAGCGUAUAGACAGUGUGUGGAGGCUGCAGCCAGCGCACUCGCAGCUUCUGGGCGAUCUGUUGCGCUUGCUCCGCUUGUGAAUGUAGUAUUUGCCCUUUUAUUUAUUGUACUAAGCUUUUGUUAG